UUCUGGGUCAGGUGUUCGCCGCCCUCUGGUGCCCGGUGACCGGCCGGGAAGGCGGCAGGCAGCGCAAUGCCAUCGGAGGGCUGCUGGAGGGGGCGGUGGAAUCCCGGUGCGCCAGGAGCCUCGGGCCCGGCCCCCUUUCGGGCCGAUAAAUGCUAAGCACUCUGCUCGCCGACUGGCAGCAGUUGCCCGACUAGAAGCCCGAGGACGUCGCAGAGCCGCUUCUCCACCAGCGGGCGCCGGGAAAGUAGCUCCAGCAGCGGGAGUCGGGCCACGGGCCGCCACCGCCAGCUUGGCCUCUGUCGCCGCCGCUGCCGCCAUCGUCUCGAUUCCCCAUUCCCCGCCAUGGCCGAGGACCUCUCUGCGGCCACGUCCUACACCGAAGAUGAUUUCUACUGCCCUGUCUGUCAGGACGUGCUCAAAACGCCCGUGAGGACCGCGGCCUGUCAGCACGUUUUCUGUAGAAAAUGUUUCCUGACUGCAAUGAGAGAAAGCGGAAUACAUUGUCCCCUCUGUCGUGGAAAUGUGACUAGAAGAGAGAGAGCAUGUCCUGAACGGGCCUUAGACCUUGAAAAUGUCAUGAGGAAGUUUUCUGGUAGCUGCAGAUGCUGUGCAAAACAGAUUAAAUUCUAUCGCAUGAGACAUCAUUACAAAUCUUGUAAGAAGUAUCAAGAUGAAUAUGGUGUUUCCUCUAUCAUUCCAAACUUUCAGAUCUCUCAAGAUUCAGUAGGGAGCAGUAAUAGGAGUGAAACAUCUACAUCUGAUAACACAGAACCUUAUCAAGAGAAUACAAGUUCUUCUGGGCAUCCUACUUUUAAGUGUCCUUUGUGUCAAGAAUCAAAUUUUACCCGGCAGCGUUUACUGGAUCACUGUAACAGUAGUCACUUAUUUCAGAUCGUUCCUGUGACGUGUCCAAUUUGUGUGUCUCUUCCUUGGGGAGAUCCUAGCCAGAUUACUAGAAAUUUUGUUAGUCAUCUAAAUCAAAGACAUCGGUUUGAUUAUGGAGAAUUUGUGAAUCUUCAGCUAGAUGAGGAAACCCAAUAUCAAACUGCUGUUGAAGAAUCUUUUCAAGUAAACAUCUGAAGGUUGUAGACAUCUCUGCAUCUUUGUACCUGCAAGUGCCAUCUUGAAGGGGAAAACUACAUGAAGUCACCAUUUCAGUAACUUGAUGUGUGUAUUAAUAAAAGUAAUUCAGUCUUUUGAUUUAGGUUUUUAAUUUAUAAAGGUGGGCCAUCUAAAAAAUGAAAGGGAUAUUCUUUAAAAAUAUUGAAAUGAUUAUAUUUCAUUAAUGUAAUGGAAAAGGAUUCCCUAUUGUACUUCUCUUUUUAUAUAUAUUAUACAUUCUUGAAUUUUUCCUUAUGUUGUUUUUGGAAUUUGGUGCAGUUUUCCCGUUGAUGUUCUUGAACACCGGUAACACAGUAGCACAUCCUGAAGGAUGUGACUGGUAUAAACCUACCCAAUCUGAGCCAGUUAUCAGAGUGGCAGAAUGGAGACUUGAAGUGCUAAAUGAAACAAUCCAAAGGAAACUUUUUUAAUACAGAUUCUAGCUGAAGAAUUCAACUAUAAGAAAAUUGUAUUUAUAUAAUGUUUAGUAUUUUUGAAGACUAGUGAGAUUUCUUUAAUAACUCCUUAAAAAGUGAAAGUUCAUUGUAGAGAUAUUUCCUUUUUGCUUUAGAAGGAAAUAUUAAGAGAAAAAUUUCUUUGGUGGGCAGUUGGUAAUUUCAAAUCCUGUUUGUUUGGCUGACUAAUUUGUAAACCUAAAGUUUAUUAAGCUGAAGUACAGCUCUUUAGCCUCAGAGUUUUCAAUAGCCAGUAUUUCUCUUUAGCUACGAGGAAACUUUCAUUAGAAACUUUCAGUUGGUGAUAUCACAUUCUGCAUCUAUAUUUAAAUGAGAGGUUUGACUUCAUCUCCGUUUAGAAAUUCAUUCAGAGCUAAAGAUGUAUAUGUAUAUAUGCAUACACUUUCGUAUGUGUAUAUAUACACACAUAUGCAUGCAAUUUGUCAGGUUAUAUACAGAAUUUCUAUUAAGGUUUUUUAAAUAUACAAGCAAUAUGGGAUUGGUGUAUUUAUCUGACUUGAUUAAAUUUUUGUAUAUCACCAAACUUUUAAAAGGUUAACAGUCAAAUGCUAAGUGGUCUAGUUGGUUACUAUUACACCUUAAAAUUGAAUUUACACACAUCCAUGAUUAUCUUGUUUAUAUGGUGCUCACUUGUUAUUCUCAAACAUAAUGCAUGACUAUGAAGUAAUGAGAUGGAUGUGACCAGCCAUUCUGUUUCACUGCUUUUUAGUCAAAACUGGGUUUGUUCUUCAUAUUUAUUAAUAAGAAUCAUAAAAUAACUUGUACUAGAAGGCCUAAACCACAGAAUGAAAAACGAAGAGUGUUAUUAGCUGACAUUCCAUACUAAUAUGUGUUGUUUAUGCUUUCUUUAAAAUAACUAAAAGAACAUAAAAGAAAA